UUACGUCGAAAAUAGGCGGCACGGCACCUGUCGUUCGUCACGUUCGCGGACGUCGCUGCGGUAGAAAAAUCUUGAUUUCACGCGAUUGCAUUUCAAUAUGGCGAACCGCGACAAAGGACGCAGAAAGUGGGGAGGAUUUUCACAAGAAUCAAUGGCUUCUAAAUUGGAGAAGGAAAGAUUGUCAGGGACACGUGGCGGAGGAAACAGAGCGUCUCAAGCCUUAUACAGACCAGGAAGUGGCCCUUUACGUAAGUCUGGCAAAUCCAGUGGCGGUGCUGAUGAAUAUGAUAAUGAAAAUGGCUCGCAAGAAAAAUCCAGAUUGACCUCCGUCCAGUAUCGUCCAGUAUCAUCAAGACAGUUGCUUAAUAGGACAAAUCAGGCGCAGGAUAGUCCACCUCUGUCACAAAUUGACAAUGUAACUGAAAAAAUGGACAAUAUCCAUAUUAACUAUAGAAAUAGCAGCAAUAGUGAACCAGCCCAAAGCAUUGGUAAUAAUUCUGGUGAAGGAAUAGGUAGAAAUGAUCCAAAAAAGAAAAAUAGGAAACCCGAGCAGUUGCUAUAUAUGCCGAAAAAAGUGAAGGAAGCGAAGGAAGCGGCUGAACAGGAUGGCACCAAUAGAUCUCCCAGUCAUGCUGCAUGGGAACGUGAAAGAGAAGAGAGCAAUGAUCGCGAUUCUUAUUCCAACCGUAAAAGCGAUCGCAAUCGCGCGAGCAGUCACGGCACGCGAGACAAUGAGAAUGAAGGUAGGGGUAGAGAUGACACCAGUAAACGGUACUCGGGCAAUCGUCGACAUCGUCAUGCCAACGAGAACGAGGAGCGUUGUUUUUGGCGAUCCGAGUCGCCAAUAUCCGCUAGAAAUUGUGCAAAUCGAAAAGAUAAUCUACGUGAAGUCAGACAGGGCUCUGAACCUUUAUCUAUGACCAAUCAGAACGAUUUUAAUCGUACGCGAGACACUCGCAGUGUAGAGCCCAUUGGGCAUUUGGAUAAAUUUCAAGGCAAACCACCCUCAGGCAGACGCGGCAAUGCCAAAGAUUGUUUGUCAAAGAAUAUUAAAUUAGAAUCCCUACCACCACGAUUGCAAAAGAAAUAUCUCAUUGAUAAUGGAUACGCAUUACCAAGUAGCAAUCCAGGAACGUCCACAGAGGAGUCCUGGAACGGUAGCAGUAUUACGUUUCAGCAGGGUACAUACAGUUAUAAUUAUCCAUCACCAGUGCAGCAUUCGCAAACGAUGCAAAAUUUACCACCGUCUGGACCAUUGCCACCACAAUCUAAUUGGACUAAUACCGUACCGACGAGAAGCAGAGGAAGAGGUAGAGUUAGAUCCGAGGAAUUGGAUGGUACAGCUAGCAGCAUCUUCAGACCUGUUACACCUGAACAAUAUUCGGCUCCGAGUUCCAGAUCCCAUACUCCUAGCCAGGAAUAUACACGGUCUUAUGAUCGUCGUGGUAGCAAUAGCACUAUGUACACCAGCAUGGAGAGCUUAAGUCGUGCCGACAGCGUAAUGAUGCCUCCGCCUUCAUCCGCAUCGCCUGCAACUUCGCAAUCAAAUUCAAACAGAGGCCACAGAUCACCUGAGAUUCAUCGUAGAGGUGCAAUGUCACCAACAGAUAAUCGCAGCACCAGCAACAUGCAAAGAACAAUUGCUAGUAACGCCUACGAACAUAAUUCGGGCCUGGAUAAGCAGAAUAAUCAACAAAACGCGAAAAGCGAACCAUGUAACAAAUCUUAUACCACAACUGAAACAUUUGAUUGGUGCGAAGAAGUUGAAUUGAAUGAAAAGUUAGAACAGGAACAUUUGAGCCGUAGUUCAUCUGUAUUAAGCAUACGGGAAAGUACAAGUGUACUGCGAGGUCAAGCUGUGGGCGAGAGUCACAAGCGACGUAAGAGGAAAAAACAUCGGGAUAAACAUCGUAAUGCUGACCGUGGUAGUAGCAGAGAUAAAGGACGUGGUACCAGUCGCGAACGUCAGAAGAAUCAACAGAACAGAGAGAACGAUAACUACAAUAAUAAUCAAAAAAAUAAUAACAAUAAUAGUAGUAGCAGUAGGCGCUACGAUCACAGGAGACGUAAUAUUAUUCAGCGUAGCCGAGAGUCGAGUAAAGAUAGAAAUUAUGGUGGCAGCUAUAAAAAUUUUGACGAUCUUCACAGACGCAGAACUGAUAGAUACUUAGAUGAAGAUUGGAGAACAGGCAGAAAGAUAUCAACUUGUGAGUCAGAUGAUGGGAGACAAACUCCUAAAGUUUCCUCUCACACUGCUCCCCUGUCAAGCGUGAAUUCGAACUCAACGGUACAUCGAUCGUCUCCGACAAGUUAUAGUAACGCUCAACCAGGCGUCUUAAUCUUGCCUAACGAGACUAAUCAAUCGUCUCCCAAUCAGACAGCUACAACUUCUCAGCAAGGAACCGCACAGCAACAGCAAAGAACACUGUUUGAUCCGAAUAAUCCACAUAAACCUAUCGUUAUCACUUCACCCGGAAGUAGAAUAACUGUGCAGAGGGAUAGUGACAUGCAAAUCUCAAGCGUUCCAGUAUUUCAAUCUAAUGUAGGUAUCACAUCGCCGCAUUACUCUUUCCAUAGCGCUCCAUUGGACGGUAUGCCACCACCGUACAUGAACGACCAAAUUGGAAAUGCGCGACCUUCGUGGUAUGAGCCAUUUUCAGCUAGUUUUCACUCAGCAAAAAAUCACUGCCUUCUACUGGACAUUGAACGUGCCGAUCUAGAACUACAAUGGAUAAUAAGUUCUGGUAGCUUUACCUCGCGUUUGGAUAGAGUCUCGUAUAUACGACACUUCCUUCAACAGAGCUUAAAGAUCUUGCUCGAGACUGAUAUCAAAUUCUGCCAAGCAGAGAACGUUGAGCAACACUUUUGGAAGAUAUUGUUUUAUAAUCUGAUUGAAAUGCUGCGAAAAGCGAUGCCCAAAGAGAGCUUGGAAGGACGAGAACGUUACAAGCAGAUAAUGUUAAAUAUCAUUGAUGAGGGUACUACUUAUCUGGAAAGCUUAUUGACUACUCUCGAGACUACGUACCAGUUUAAAUUAGACGCGUUUCUCGGAUCGUCGAGUCUACCUAAGGGUCUCGGACUCUUGGGACUGGCCUUAGUUAGCGCUCAAAAAAUAUUUUUAUUUUUGGGAGACUUGGCGAGGUACAAGGAGCAAGCAAAUGAAACGAGCAAUUAUGGAAAAUCUAGGCAGUGGUACUUGAAAGCGCAGCAAAUCAAUCCUAAAAAUGGCAGACCUUAUAAUCAACUUGCCCUAUUGGCACAUUAUGCGAGACGGAAGCUGGAUGCCGUGUAUUAUUACAUGCGAUCUCUUAUGGCGUCUAAUCCUUUCCAUUCUGCUAGAGAAAGCUUGAUAGGACUCUUCGACGAAAAUAGAAAAAAGUAUCUACAUUAUUACGAGUCUAUCGAACGUAAACGGAAGGAAGAAAGGGAAUCGAAGGAGCGGGCGAGGAUGAAGGAGAAGGAAGGUGCGAACAUCAUCGGUGGUGGACUGAGGAGAGAGACGUGGAUUCAUCCGGGUGACGGUAGGCGGGUGCGACGAACAACGACCGCGACCAACGAAGCAAGAUUGUCCCACGCAAGCGACUUGGAGGAGUUAUCGCAAUUAACGAGUGUCGAGGUGAACAAGCGAUUCGUCACUUCGUACCUUCAUGUUCACGGAAAACUCAUCACCAAGAUAGGGAUGGAGACGUUUCAAGAAGCUGGUGUUCAAAUGCUGAAGGAAUUCAGAGCCUUGUUGCAGCACUCGCCACUACCGCUUCCCGGUACUCGAUUACUUCAACUUUUAGCGCUUAACAUGUUCGCGAUCGAGACCACGCAGCUGAAGGAUUCUCAGAUGGAGCAAGGAUAUAGAUCGGAGGUCCAAGAACGAGCACUCGUCGUAUCGCUGCAAAUGUUCAGCUUGAUCUUGGAACGUGGUGUAUCCCUGUUGAAAGCUCAGCUAGAUAGCAAACAGGAACCGAGGCUGGUGGUCGGCGAAGAUCUCCAAGUGCUUCUACCGGCUAUUAAGAUCUGGUGCGACUGGAUGCUCUGCCACAGCGCCGUUUGGAAUCCUCCGCCGUCUUGCACGGAUUACAGAGUCGGGCCGCCGGGAGACGCGUGGAGCAGACUAGCGACGAUGGUGAAUCUUCUAGAGAAAUUAAAUUACACCAGGACGACUCUGAUUCAAGGCAAGGAUACGGAGGAUCGCGAGGAAGACCUGGAACUCGUAAAACUACCAGAGGAUAUCACGUUGGCCGGAUUCACCCCUCUCAUGCUGAAUCCUCAGGAUCCUUCCUACGUGGAAAAAACGGAAGAUAUGGAAGUGGCUCAGAUGUGCCUCAGGAUAAGCAAGAUCCUCUUCUUCGGUCAAGUGUUCUUGUGCGGUUUGGAGACACCGGUGCUGAAAUUGCAGAAAAGCGAGACCGGCGUCAGCGAAUAUGUUUCCGUGGUCGAGGCUUCGAGCACAAGUUCGCCGAGUUCGCCGCCGACACAGAGCGACUCGGAACUCCUGGUAGAAAGUUACAGCGAAGGGGAGGAGGAGUCGAUUCCUACGUUGAGAAGAUUACCCUCGUGCGGCAACGUGCCCGACGAUGCGACGGCUCCCGUGGCUGCUGUCGAGAUAAGGUCGCUGAUCGAGAGGAAGGAGGAACUGGAGAGGCGGCAGCGGAAACAAGAUCGGCAUCGACAGCGGGUACAGGCAAUCUUGCAAAAGUCCUCGGUAUCGGUAGAAAUCGAGGUGAGACCGAGACAGCUGGUACCAGACACUAACUGCUUCAUCGACUACCUGCUGCAAUUGCAGAUCAUCGCGAGAGCCACUUCCGGCGCGCAGCCAAUCUACACUCUCAUGGUGCCACUUGUCGUACUAAAUGAGCUCGAAGGUCUAGCUCGAGGCGCCGAUGCGAGAGAUUGUCCUCCAGCGUCGAGAGCGGCUCUAAAUCCUGAGCAUGUGGCGCGAGUUGCCGAGAGCGCCAAAAUGGCACUGGCCUUCGCGAGAAGCCGAAAUCCGGCGAUUCGAUGCUUAACCACGAGGGGCACCGUCCUCUCAUCCAGUACCUUUACGGUGGAGGAAGAUGUCUACAAGGAUGGAUUGACAAGGAAUGACGACAGGAUAUUGACUACGUGCCUCAGUCUCUGCAGAAGCAGCAAGGAUCAAGCAAACGCAGAGGAGGGCCAGCCGAGGCGCUUGAGACGGGAGGUGGUUCUACUUACGGAGGACCGAAAUCUCAGGGUGAAGGCUCUGGCCAGGGACGUGCCCGUGAGAGAAGUUCCCGAUUUCAUGCAAUGGGCUGGACUCGGCUGAGACGGUAUAACGUGAUCGCGACGAAACUCCGAUUCUCACUUGACGAGAAAUCUCCCGUGUUCCUGCCGCGCAAGCUCGAUCGAACGUCAAAGAAGAUCCGAACGCAAUGAGAGGAAGAAAGAGGACGCUCAUCAAGAAUACCGACGGAUCUUCGUCGCGGAUCUUUUUCGUAGCCGAUUGACCGUCGACUGUGUGCGCACACGGCGUUGUUAUCGAGUAAAUCUGUCGAAGAGUAUUCAGAUUGUCUCCCGACGGUACUCUUUGUUUUUCUAAAUUUUUUUAAGAACCUUAUUACGGAGAAACCGCGAAGUGCGGUGAGCAGGAGCAAGUUCUGCGAAAGAAAAAGCAAAGCGCGCGCGCGCGCGCGGUCGCGUAAAAUUGCGAAUGAAGUACGGUACGAAUGAUGGGGAAAGAAACAGGCUCGGAGGCCUGUCGCUUGCCGUUUCGCUUGUCGGAAACGCGAGCUAUUCGAAGUCUCCUCCGAGAAUGAGCGUGACACUACCUACCUACCUUGUAUCCCUAACUGUUCCGUGUAUCUCGAACGUGCAGAGAUAAAAAUCCCGAAGAGAGUCUUUUCACACGGAAACCGUGUAACGGGGCGGUUCGAAAGACACGUUGAAUCCAGGACGUUCACAGCCAUGGCGUACACCGAAAUAAAAUCUAGAAGCAACCGACAGGGACGCGUGAAUGAAGAAAAAGCGAAGAGAACGGUAUGAAAAAAAAAUAUAUGUAGAGCUUUACUAUCUUGAAGUGCUGUCACUGUUUGUAGAUCGUUUUUUAUCGAUAACAGCCGCCUAUUGCGACUGAAUAAUUUUAUAUCAUUUUUUGUUUGCCGAUAUUUACUUUAUUUUGUUCAUGUGAGACGUUAUUAAAAUUUUUAUAUCGUACGUACGGUGUGUGUGGUUUCAAGUGACGAAACGACGACGCGUCCACACGUCAACGUUACGCUAACGAACGCGAAACGUGUCUUAAUUCUUAUCGUUCCGCGUAGUGAGUCCACCGUGACAUUUUCCACGAGGCGAUUCUCUUCUCGUUUUCUUAAUGCUAAAGUCAUUAACAUCAUUACCUUUAAGCUGCCGUAAAAUGAAUUAUUAAUGACAAUUCGUUUCCAACGAAUGACUAUACGUCGUCAGGGAUAUCGACAAGAUCGAAACGACAAUCGAACGUGAUCGUUGAUCGUGUGCUCGAUUCUCGCCGAUUGACGAGUACCCGCGGAAAAUGUUAGGCACGAUCAAAAAUAUUUUCGAAAAUCCAUCUGCAUAUAUAACGACCAAAUACAUGCGUAAAAAUUUAUAUUCGGUUUUUACUAUUAUACAUAUCAAUACUUUCAACAAGAUUGAUUGUUAAUAUUAUAAUUUCAAACAAGAUCGUUGGUGUUUUCUUGUAGCACGAAUAUAUUUUACGCGUUAAUUAACCCACACGAUUUUUGAGAUUUUUUUCUCGAUUGUGUAAGCAAACGUACGCCAUAGCCAAGAUGUAUAUCUAUUUUCGUUGUUUACAAGUGCUUACUUAUAUAGGUACAUUGACAUUUAUAUAAAUUCAUCGGCUUAAGACUAGGAGUUAACGUAAGAAGACGAAUUUUAUUCCAUGAAGUGUGCACGACGCUUGUACAACCGUACGAUGUUCUUUGAUAACAAAGACUACAUAAACUUUUACCGAUAAGCUGAGAAUAAAUGUAUCUUGCAGUUGUUGGGCACGAUCGUUUAUUAAAAAAACAUUCCGUGUCGGAAUCACGUUCACGAGGUUUUCGAUUGACGUCGAUCUAACGAUGUCACUUUGCUCGGCUUCGUUGUUAUCGAAGCGCAAUUAAGAUCACGAUUGUUAGCGCGAAAUAAUUAUUCGCAAAAUGAUUUUCGUGACGUGGAGUCGAAUAGAGAUACCGAGAUCAUCAUUCUCACGAAUUCUUCUCGGAAUCGUGAACGCGACUCGCGCGCCGACGUCGAUGUCGACGUAUUUUUCGCGUUUUUUUUUUGUUUUUUUUUAAUAUUACUCGAUUUUACCAGAGAUACGUAUACGAGUUUAUCUUUCGGGAGAAAGCUAAUCUUUCGGAAGCGCACAGUGGUCGAGGCAAGCAAGGAACUGCGGGACCGAUGAUGCACUAGCGAUGUCCUAUUUUUCAACAGAGAUAAGAUAGUUACUUAAUGCUCCUUUAGUGUACUGAAGAGUGUGUAUGUGUGUGCGAAAGAAAGAAAGAGAGGAGAGAAUAAAGAGAAAAAGAAAGGGAGAGAAUGACAAUUAGAUUAACGGAGGAGGGCAGUCAGCAAAAAGGGAAAAAACGCUCGACAUACUAAAGACCGUAACUACGAUAAAUCUCGAUGCUGUCCGAAGUCUCGUCGGAAUUCCUGCGAAUUCCUGCGAAUUAAAUCGAAUCGGUAAGUAGAAGAAGUGCCCACCCACUGCACCACCCGGGCAGAAUCCUUUCGUUACACCGUGAUGUUCCGCUUGACAAACCACGCCGUUCGGGCAGAAGAAAGUCCCGUCGAGUAUAAGGGUGUCUGUUCAGCGGUAUUUUAAGGGCACGUAAGAAGCAUAUUAAAAUAUCUCUAUCGAUCUUUCGUGGGAAAGUAUCUUCUUUCUAUUGAAAAAAAAGUGUCUAUAUCAAGAAUUCUACUUACUACUUACGAAUUUAAUUAUAUUCCUAUAAGGAAGAUACGAUCGCACGAAUUCCCGAGUAGGAUCCUGUAAAUUUGCUUUUUGCGAAAAGCGUUGAGGUCUUAUUUAAGCGUACGUACUUCUUAAUGUCGUCGUAAGAAGACGGUGAAGUAGCCAUUCGUCAACGAUACUUCACAAGCUCGGCACGUUGAGAGGAUAGAGAAAGAGAAAACAGAGGAGAGAGAGAGAGAGAGAGAAACGCGAGUUCGCGCCUGUGAAGUUUGUUCAUAUCUCUCGUCCUUCGGCGUGUCCGUUUGCUUUGACGUCUCUUUCUUUUUCCCCCCUGUCACCUUCUAUCCCCUCCUCCCCCCACCCCCUCGUCGCCGUUUUUAGCUCAAUUUUUUAUUCGAACCUCUACGGCGAGAGAAAGUGCGGCGUAUUGAUGGAGUUUGACGAAGCCCACUCGAAGCACCGACGAUGUACACUGUCAUUGUGUUUCACUAAUUUCUAAGUAUAGCCUUUCGUAGCCUUUUUAAUGCGCGCGUUCGGUCGUCAUAAGCGGCCAAUUAUUAAUCCGAUGGCAGACGUUUGAGAUGGAAAAAAAAAAGUGUGCGACGGAUAAGCGAGCGAAAUCGAUUACGCGUGUAUAUCUUGCAGUCGCGAAUACAUAAUGGGAAUUAUCGUGAAACACUUGUUUUCUUAAAUCGAUAAUCACACGGGAGACAUAUUUUUCGCGAUUAAAAUCAAAAUGUGAAAAAUCACAGUUAGGUCGAAUAUUUUGUUUCAAGCUUUACAUGAAAACAACGAUUCUGCUGAAGUACGUAAAAAUUUAGCCAGAUACGGAUUUGAAAAUAAUUUUCUUGCUAAACAUAAUGAUAAUGCUGCAAAAAGUUUUGAUACUCUAGCAAGCAGUAUGAUUAUUUUGAUAAUCUAAAAAAAAUUUUUUUGUAUUUAACUAAACUUUUAGAUACUUUAUCAGAACCAUUCUUUCCGUGUACAAAUUUUGUAUGAACAAAAAUUUAGAUAUUGUGAAAAGCACUUUUUUAUGUAUAUUUAUUAUUUGUUAUUUGAUCAAAAAUAAAUGAGUAGAGCAGUAAUUAUUAUUGCCGAAAAUAAUGGAAAAGUGAAAAAGAUAUUGAAUGAUGAAAUUCUCGAGUAAUUAUUUUAUUGAAAAAAUAGUUAAAUGUGGAAUCAUCUAAUUGUACAAAUGAAAUUAUUAAAUGAAAUAAUAAUAGGUCAUGGUCUAACGGUAACUAGGUGAAAUAGAUGAUUUGCAACUCAUGUUAUGUACGAUCGUUUGUCGAUUCUUGAAGCAAGUGUCGAGCGAUAAUUCAAUUACUUAGCUUUAGUACGGGAUAACAAUCAGGGUAGUUUGCAAUUGUACUCCGGGCAUAUCACACACAAUAUAUUUACAAUAUCAUCGCAAUAGUUCUCUUCUGCAAUAGUCAUAGUGGUGCAAUAGACACUCUAUCCACGAAUAAACCACACCUUGAUAAGACUAUCCGUCCCCGAGCAUCAUAAUCCAUUUUCAUUGUUUCGAUGUAAUAUAACUUCACUCACUUCGGUCUUUCAACUUUGAAAUUGCAUACGUCGAUCUUGCGAGUAGUUACCAGCUGCUCCGAUCGGCUUACUCGCGAUUGAGUUCACGUUAACCCGUGCUUAAUAGAAAGAGAGAAGGAAAGAGAGGGAGAGGGAGAAAGAGAGAUUGUGAAACGCCUGAGAAAUAUAGGUAGACGUUUGACGUAAGAUAGACGUCGUGAUUUUUAGAACUGAUUUAUCUCGGACGUGGAGCAAGCAAAGUCCCGCGUUCAACGCCCUCCGCUUCCGAGAUAACUCUCAUACCGUAAGUGUACCUAUAUCCAUAUUGUAUAUAGGUAUAUAUAAUUAUAUAUAAUUAAACACAUUUAUAUAUAAUUAUACAUAUAUAAAUACACCCACCCAUCACCGAUUUUAUGCUAGAUUCUCGCAAUAUCUCUAAUAAAUCUAUGUACACCUGUAUUAUUGUGUGACGAAGCAAAAGAACGCGAUUCGUUUGUAUUUCGUCUGAGGAGAAGAUAUUUGCUGACAAUGCGAUAUGAUGUCGUUGACGGCGAGACGAUCAUGAUAAUGAUAACAAAACUGCGAGGAUGACACUACUGAAAGCUGAAAUUUUAGGCUAAUCGUUUAUUACACAUUAUGAGAAAUGUCGCUACUAAUAGUGUUACCACUUUGAAUAUUCAAUAAAAAGUUGAGACUAGCGUUAUUACAUUAUGUACUUUAUUAUAAUUAUUAUAAUUAUAUGGUAUUUAGUAUAUAA